AUGCUGGCCUCGUGUUGCGCACGGCCAAGUGUAAGUUGCUACAGAGACAGACACUAUUCAUGGGGCAUGUCUUAUCGGCUUCUGAUAUACAUCCAGACGCCAGCACCACCUCCCGUAUUCUCGAGUGGCCAACGCCCAAGACGCCGCAAGCAGUUCGUCAUUUUGUCGUUCUCGCGUCCUUCUAUUGGAAGUUUGUUCGGGGUUUCGCUGGUAUUGCCGCACCCCUUCACCUUACAUGGUACUCGCAAACCCACCGGUAGAGAAAUGGAAGGGAAGUCAGCCUCAUCGCGCGCGUUACGGGGAAACUGGUCCCGCUUGCGGAUAGAGAACUGCGUCCUGUUUAUACAGGCGCAGUCUGACGAGUCACCGCGAUUUUUUCUGCCAAGAGUCAAGGUGCCGGAUAUGAUAACCCACAUCUAUCAUCCACUGGGACACACAGGCCAGGGCAAGACGGAUGAAGCCGUUUGCAGACCGUUUUGGUGGUCGAAAUUUUACCAGGAUUUGGUGUCUUACUGUCGCGGUUGCCCAGUGUGCACCCAGACCAAGCCUCCGACUAUGACCCCUCGAGCGCGGCUACAACUUAUCAUCUCCCCCGAUAGUUGGGAUGAGCAUUUGUCCAAAUGCCUGCUGGCAAACCAAGCCGCCGUCCACGAGUCAACUGGGUUUUCCCCCGCAUUCCUUCAUCUGGUUCAUGAGUUGCGACGUCCGGCAAACAUCCAUUCUCCGCUAAUUCCCGCUGAGGCCACGAGGAUGGGAGAAUAG